AUGUCGCAGCACGAAACCAUGCGCGCCUGGGUCUUUACUAAACGAGGCGAACCCUCCCAGGUACUUACAUUUACGACCCUCGACAGGCCGUCUCUGCCACCGCGCGCGUCUCUGCCCCGCGAUGCGCCGACGCCGGAGGAAUGGGUACUCGUCAGGACAGCCUUUGUUGGGCUCAACGUCGGCGCCAUUUUCCAAAUGACGCUCAUUCCGCAAAUUAUGCGCACCAAGACCUGCGUGCCCGAAAUGGACCUCUCCGGUGUCGUCGAGGAGGUGUGGCAUCCGGAGCGCGAGGCCGGUAGCAGCAGCAGCUCAGCAGCGCCAUUCCGCUUCCACAAGGGCGACAGGGUUGUGGCGAUGCUGCCGGCGAGCCACUCCCUCGCCACGGGCACAGGCGCGCUGGCAGAGUACAUUGCAAUCCCGGCCAAGUACGUGGCGCGCAAACCGGAGAAUGUCAACUUCGGGGAUGCGGCGGGGUGCCUGCUGGCGGGCAUGACUGCGUGGCAGCAAGUCCAGGAGUCUGGCGCCAAAGAGGGCGACAGAGUCCUUGUAAACGCAGCCAGCGGCGGUAUCGGGACCAUGGUAGUGCAAAUGGUGCGGAACAUCGUGGGCGGUUCUGGGUAUGUGGUUGGUAUAUGCAGCGGGAGGAAUAUCGAACUGGUCAAAAGUCUUGGAGCGGACGAGGUCAUUGACUACACGAAACAUGACAGUUUAUCCGCCCAUCUCAAAGACGUUUUCGAGAGCAAGCCCUUCAACGCCGUCAUCGACACGCUGGGACAUCAGGCUCUCUAUCUCGGCUCACCCGCGUACCUCGUCCCCGAUGGGAUAUACUCGUCGGCGGGCAUCAAACCACCAAACUUCACCGUUCCCAACUUUCUGCGCGCUGUCCUGCAGAUGAAGCUCAACGAGUGGUGGCCUGUGAGCACCUGGCUGGGCGGCGUCGGCCGUCUCUGGCGGGGCGUCUCCAUGAUGGCGCCUACGCUGGAGGACCGGCAGCGCAUCGUGGGCAUGCUGGGAGCCGGAGAUGUGCGGGUUGUGCGCGACAGUGUGUGGGAGUUUGAGGACGCGCAGAAGGCCUACGCGCAUUUAGGGGGGCUGCAUGCUCGCGGCAAGGUCCUGGUCAGGGUUAAUCCGGAGCUCGGUGACGACGAGGCCUAG